UUUAUAAAACGCAAACAAUCCUUCACUUUGUAAAUUGUAAAUUGUAAAUCAAUUGAGAAGAGAGAAUGGAUGCUAUUGAUUCAGUGUUCGAUCCGCUCAGAGAAUUCGCCAAGGACAGCGUCAGGCUCGUCAAGCGAUGCCACAAACCUGAUCGCAAAGAAUUCUCUAAGGUUGCUGUGCGUACCGCCAUCGGUUUCGUGGUGAUGGGAUUCGUGGGAUUUUUUGUCAAGCUCAUCUUCAUUCCAAUCAACAACAUCAUCGUUGGAUCUGGUUAGGAUGAGGGAAUUGCAAUCGCCUCAGGAAUUCAAGUUGUCAAACAAAAAGUGUUCCCUGACUUAAUUGUAGUUCUGCUGUAUUUCAUUUUUGGGUUACCCCAUGUAUCUUAUCUUCGGAAGCAUUAUAGGUUUAUUUGAAAUGUAAAAUUUUAUUUUUCCAUGAGUUAGACCUUGGCACAUUGUUUUUGAUUUAGGAAAAGGAUGAAAAAAGUAGUUGAGAAAUUGGGAUUUGGUUUUGAUUCUUUGUUAA